AUUAGAGCCUGACAGAAGAAUAAGCGGGGGUCCCUGGAAAUGAGCGCAUUUAUUCAGCGGCAAGGGCGCAAAGCUCACACAAAUGGAGAGGCAAAGGCAGCAGCAGCAGCACUAGCAGCAAUAGCAGCUCGGCGGUGGCGGCGAGGUGUUUUUCUCCUUCGUCUUCUUGGUCUCUCUCCUCCCCACCUCCUCCUCCUCCUCCUCCCUCUCGCUGAGUGUAAUUUUUAGAUUGAGAUCCAGCUUCCAUCCGAGGGGGGGAAGAAAACACUUUAUAUAAGGCUGAAAGCGGUAGAGUUGCCACAGCCAAGGUGAUGGGCUAUCAAACGCAAUUACAUUAAAACAGAUUAUACUGUGCAAAUUGAGCCAUUUAGAAGGUGAGAGCAGCAGCAAAGAAGCCGCGCCGCGCCGAGCCUCCCCCUUCUCCUCCUUCUCCUAAAUUGCAGUUUUGAGUUCCUUGCAAUUCAGGGGGACGAAAGUAGGAGAGGGCGCUUUUGUAUCUGCAAAGUGCUCCGCUUCUCGCAGGUAAUUCUAACUGAGUGCAAUCUAGGUUAAAAGCUGGGCAACUGGAUCAUUAGAGCUCGCUCUCGCUGCGAAAGGACAAUCCCACGCGCGACGGCGGAGCUCCUCUCGGCGCCGCCGCUGAAGAAGAAGAAGAACAAGAAGAAGAGCCUCGUCGCCUCUCCUCCUCCGCCGCCGCAUCCUCUUCUUCCUCCUCCUCCUCCUCCUCCUCUCCUCGGACUUCCUGCGACCCCGGAGAUGAUGGUGCUCGACAAGGAGGACGGUAGGCGUGCCAAUGUUAUCCGUGCAACCGAAGGGGAAGCAAAAGGGCUGUGCCGGCUGCAACCGUAAGAUCAAGGACCGAUACCUCCUGAAGGCCUUGGAUAAGUACUGGCAUGAAGAUUGUUUAAAGUGUGCCUGUUGUGACUGCCGCCUAGGAGAAGUCGGAUCAACACUUUACACAAAGGCAAAUCUCAUUCUCUGCCGCAGAGAUUACCUGAGGCUCUUUGGGACCACUGGGAAUUGUGCUGCCUGCAGUAAGCUGAUCCCUGCCUUUGAGAUGGUGAUGAGGGCCAGAGAUAAUGUUUACCACUUGGACUGCUUUGCCUGCCAGCUUUGCAACCAGAGAUUUUGCGUGGGAGACAAGUUUUUCCUGAAGAACAACAUGAUCUUGUGUCAGAUGGACUAUGAGGAGGGGCAACUGAAUGGAAGCUUUGAACCCCAAGUUCAAUAACACACCCUGCUUUGCUGAAACACUGUGGGAUGGACGUUCACCUGCACUAAUAGUGACGGGCGUCUGUCAGCUUGCCUGCAAUAUUUUUUUAAAUCUUGGUCCAGAAGGACUGAAUACAUUGUAGUAUUUCCCACACACACAACACAAAGCAGUUACAAUUUUAGAUGUACAGUCGUGCCUGCUUAGCUGAGCACUGCAUUGCCUGUAUGUUCGUGAGUUUUUUUGGGAAUUGGGGUAGGGCUCUGUACAGUCUGUUUUCUGUAUAUAAACUGGAACAUUUAUUUUAUGAAAAAUGUAAUGCAAUUUUAUUACAGGUGUGAAUUAAAAAUUAUGAAUGUUU